AUGUCGUUAGAGUUGAACUCCUUGGCACAAGGGAUUACUCAACCUUGGCUCAUUGCAGGGGAUUUUAAUGCUCUACUCACCCCACAAGAUAGAUUAGCUGGAGCAAAUGUGAGUCUCAAUGAAGUGAAGGAUUUUGCAGAUUGUGUUAAAGAUAUUGGUGUCACUGAAUUACAAUGGCAGGGGCACUACUAUUCUUGGACUAACAAACAACAUGACAUUGAUAGAAUUUCCAGUAGGAUUGCUAGAGUGUUUGGGAAUUAUGAAUGGAUGGAGAAAUGGGGACAUGUUACUACUGAGUAUGGGAAUCCAUGUAUAUCAGAUCAUUAUCCUAUGCAGCUCACAAUGCAAAUAACUCAGCACAAUAUAAAGGUAAAAUUCAAGUUCUUUAAUGUAUGGACUGAACAUGACUCCUUCAUGAGUUUAGUGGAGAGUGUAUGGAAGCAAGAUUAUGGUAAGGGUAGCAUGAAGAAGGUGUGGUGCAAAUUAAUAGCUCUUCAGCCUGCUUUAAGGCAACUUAAUAACAAGGAAUUCAAAUAUAUUAGCCAGCAGAUUGAGAAGGCUAGAUAUGAGCUCAGUAGAAUCCAAGAAGAACUAUAUGAUCAAGCCACUGAUGAUUUAGUUGAGCAAGAAAAGGAGAUCCUGAUGAAGCUGGAGAAAUGGCGAUGA